AUGGCUGACGGACAAGAGGCGGAGAGUUUGAUAUCGAAGUUCAAAGUCGAGAGACUGCUCAAUCAAGAUCAAAAUGACCGCCGCAUAUCCAUCCUUGGCUCUAUCGAUAACGCUCCUGGUAUCCUAAUCGCAGAAAGGGCUGCUUUUGUUUCGGACCCAGACUCGAUCAAAGCAUUCCUUGGGGCGCUAACUAACGUGACCAAUCUGGGCGCCAACGAUAUAUAUCGGUGGUACCUGGCGUCAACCGGGCAGAAUCACGUCUCCCCUCCAGACUUGAAGUUGAAUCUCAUCUGGCCUUGCACGGAGCAGCAUAUCUUGAAAUACUCCGCUCAGAAUUUGCGCAUGGUGACGGAAACACCUGAAAUAUAUGCAAGCUAUGUGCGUCCCUACAUGCAGAGUAAGCGGGAGAACGGCAGGUUGAACUGGGUGCAUAAUAUCGUAGAAGGGCGCAAGGAGCAGGAGGAUGUGAUACUUCGAGUGUCGGAUUCCGAGGAAGGCUUUUUACUUUUGCCCGAUCUGAACUGGGAUCGUAAGACUCUGGGGACCUUGCGACUUCUUUGUUUGGUGGAGAGACAUGAUAUUUGGAGUCUGCGGGACCUGAAGAAAAAACAUCUUCCAUGGUUGAGCCGCAUGAGAGAGCAGGUGCUAGAUGGGGUUGUGAAGGUGUAUCCUGAUCUUGAAAGAGACCAGUUAAAGCUGUACCUCCACUAUCAACCAACUUACUAUCACCUCCAUAUCCAUGUAGUCAACAUCAUGCUAGAAGCUGGCACUACCCAAUCUACAGGCAAAGCUUUUGGUCUUGAAAAUCUGAUCUCACAGUUAGAAACUAUGGGCGGCGGCCUUGAAGCUGGUAUGGCGGACGUUUCUCUCUCAUAUUUCAUGGGUGAGCAAUGUGAAUUAUGGACAAAUGUAUUCGGGCCUCUGAAAAGAGGGGAGGAGCCUAAAACAGCUGGAUGA